GUCGACAAUACCUCGUUCAUUCGCCCCAUCGCUUUGGCCGCGUCAGUCCUUGCUAUCAGCCUAGCUAGACGAUACUCGCAUGCACCAUAGUUCGGGCUGGCCAACGUCAUAUCCGCAUCUCGCAUCCGCUAACCGCGUCAAUCCUUCUUCACCGCGUUGCCUCUGGAUACUACGUGCAGCAUUCCCGUGCGACAUUCGAGACGACUUGCCCCUUCUCCCCAUCUCUCUCCGUACCGACAUUCAACCACUUUAUUUCUUGCGCAACGGAUAAGUAUGAGCCCUGCGUCGAUAUCACCACUCCUCGACCACAGGGGCGGCACUCGGCUCGGGAAACAUAUCCAACUCCCACCCUCUGGUGACCAUCCUGCUCAGAUGGCGUCCGACGUGUCCUCUGACGCGACGGCCACGUCGCACAUUCAUCUCGCCCGGGAACAACCUUCUGCAUCCGUCUCUGUCCCCGACUCUACCCCCACCAACUCACAAACGUCCUUCCUGUCCGACAACGCCCGCCACACGCUAGAACAUCUGUCUGAAGCCGCGUUUCAGAGGGCAUCCGGCCCCGUUCACCAAUGGACCCUCUCCUCCCAAGGCACAUCACAAGAUUCCAACGUUACCAUCAACUCGGACAAGGUCUUCAGCCCGUCUGCCAGCCAAAGAGACACGGUAGUCGACCCCAACAACGGCCACAUGUCGAGCCAGGAAUCCCAGUUGUUCCAGCUGUCCCAGCUCGCUGCUGCCCAGGACAAGAUGCCCUAUGCAGACCCAGACCCUUCAGACGGCACCAUCCCGUCACGAAAGCGAAUGUUGAACGGUGCCGUAAAAGAGCGCACUACGACGUCCCCCCCUGGUCGGGGGGGUCAUUCGAGAAACGCGAGUACCGUCUCGGUCGCGUCAACCACGACCAGCACGAUCGGUGAUUUAUCCAACGAUCUGAAGACCCGAUUAUCCUAUGCCAUGGUCAAGCUGAACCAUGGAUGGCAGUCACACUCCAUUGACGAAGUCGAAUCCCUGGCCUCCCACGCGGCCUCACCCACCUCGAGUCAUUCCACCCUCAACGGUCGCCAGGGUUCCUGUUCCUCGGCCAGUCCUCGCUUCGUCCCAGCCGUCAGGAACGGGAAUGGGCAUCCCAGCGCAAUACCCACGGGUUCGAAUCUGAGCCCGGUCGCUUACGAUACCUUUUGGAGGGACGGGAACAAGGCUUGUUCGGGUGGCCACGACUCCGCGUCGCCGCCGACCCCUGCACACCUCAGUCCUGGCCUGGCCUCCCCUGCUCCUAUUCAGCCCUCGCGUCCGACCGCCGCACACCACCCCCGUCGAAAUUCGAACCCGCGGUACACGCCGACCCUUCUCUCCAUGUCCCACAGCGCGUCUUCGCAUGCACCGAACCAACAACAUCCGGGACCCGCAUCUGUGUCCGACCCCAUCCUCUUCUCUCCGCACCAGAACGUGCGCGAGCAGGAUGCGAUCGAGACGCUGCUUUUUAUGAGCAGUCCGGGCAACUCGACGAACACGAAGCACACCUUUGCCACAUCGCCACCCAUGUCGGCAUCGGCAUCGGCAUCGGCAUCGGCACCAUCGUCGCAACAUGCUCCGACGGGACGGCAUGCCUUGCCUACUUCUCAGCCGCGCAAGAGUCUCCCGGACCGCCGGCCACAGCCGUCUCAGAAAAAGGUCGGCUUCGAGAAGAGCCCCGGCGGGAGAACGGCAGCCAGCGAUAUGGACGUCGACGGUGAUUCGCAGUCGGGCACGCCGCGCAGCAUCGUGCGGCGAAGGGUGAACGGGUCUCACUCCGGCAUGUCGCCAUACACUCCCGGGCUCGGGCUUGGCCACCGCAUGCAGCUUUCCUUACCUGCUGCGCUGGGAAGCAGUCAGCUGAGGCCACGGCCACGGUUGUCGGACGAGGACAUCGAACGGAUGCUGGAUCGUGUUGCUCAACGAGCAGAAAACGACAGCUCGGAUGAUGAGGAGAUUCAGAUUCCGAAGAGACGGGCGAGAGCAGGGACUGUGGGAUCCUAAGGUUUCCGGACGAGCUUCUUUUUUUUUUGUUUUGUUUUCUUUUCUUCCGACACUUGGUACUACGGGGCGGUGUU